GUGAAAAUGGCUUCACUAACUGUAUCUGCAGAAGAGCUUUCUUGUCCUGUUUGCUGUGAGAUCUUCAAGACUCCUGUUCUUCUGUCAUGUAGUCACAGUUUCUGUAAAGAGUGUCUUCAACAGUUCUGGACAACCAAAGAAACUCAGGAGUGUCCCGUCUGCAGGAGAAGAUCCUCAAAACAUGAUGCUCCAGUUAAUCUAGUGUUAAAAAACCUGUGCGACUCGUUCCUGAAGGAGAGAAAUGAGAAGCGUUCAUCAGGAUCUGAGGAGAUCUGCAGUUUACACCGAGAGAAACUCAAACUCUUCUGUCUGGAGGACAAACAGCCGGUGUGUUUAGUGUGUAUUAAUUCACAGAAACACGACAAUCAUAAGUUCAGACCCAUCGGUGAAGUGGUUUCAUCAUAUAAGGAGGAGCUCAAUACAGCACUGAAAUCAUUACAAGAAAAACUGGAACAGAAUGAAGAAAUGAAAGAAGAGUUUGAGGAAACAGUUCGUCACAUCGAGUCUCAAGCUGAGCACACAGAGCGUCAGAUUAAACAGCAGUUUGAGAAGCUUCAUCAGUUUCUCAGAGAUGAAGAAGAAGCUACAAUCACUGCACUGAGAGAGGAAGAGGAGCAGAAGAAGCAGAUGAUGAAGGAGAAGCGACACAGAACUCCUGUGAUUCUGGAUCCAAACACGGCUCAUCGAUCUCUCGUUCUGUCUGAUGAUCUGACCAGUGUGAGAGACAGCGGCGAUUAUAAACCUGUUCCUGAUAAUCCAGAGAGGUUUGACUGUGAUGAAUGUGUUCUGGGUUCAGAGGGGUUUAACUCAGGAACACACUGCUGGGGUGUGGAGGUUAAACAGAGUUCAUGCUGGAGUCUCGGAGUAACUACAGCAUCAAACCCGAGGAAGGGACGGGGUUUCUUCAACACUGGUGUCUGGUUUGUGUGGUUUGAUCAGUACAGAUGGUCUUUAGGUUCUGGUGUUCGUGUUAAACAGAAGCUUGAGCGUGUGAGAGUGUAUCUGGACUAUGACGGAGGAACGGUGUCAUUCUCUGAUCCUGUAACUAACACACAUCUACACACAUUCACAACCUCCUUCUCUCACACACUCUUCCCUUUCUUCUGUUGUUAUUAUUAUUCCUCUCUGAGGAUCUUAACGAUCAAUAGUCAGUAAUCGUUACUCC